GUGAGGUAAGAGAGGAUUGCUUGUUCAAUUGCGACAUGACAUGUCAGAUGUCCCUUUUGGAAUCUUUCAGGUGUAUAUUUAUUUAUUUAAGUCAUUUGUAUCUUGAAAGUUGAAACCCUAGCUUUUGUUGCUUUAAUCCAAAAACAAUUAAUAAAGGUGAAAAGAAAGUACAUAUAGGAGCCGAUCGAUCGAGUGGGUUGCUUGAUACUCUCGGACCUGACUACUGCAUUGGACAAACGAGUCAUCGGAGAUUCAGGAGACUCGGCAAUAACAAUCAAUAAAGGGUGUGGGGGAGCUAUUGGCGUCUGAUAUUGAACAACAAAAGAGCCUAUAUCAAACAAAAUACCACAUGUUUGCAUCAUCCCUUUUACCCGAUCCUCUCGUUAACUAAUUACUUUUCUCUAUUUGUCGCAGUUUGGUUCAUCACAUUAACCUCUUAGUUAUUUCUCUUUUGUCUGUAAAUAUCCGGGCAUGCUCAUGCAAAUGGAAGAAAGUAUCAACUCAGGCAUGGUGGAUUUCCCUGAAAACUUUAUGGACCAACAACUCUUGUGGGAGGAGGAGGUAUCAGUAUGGUCAUCAUUAGGGUUGAAGGAGAGAGUUACUUGCGCCAUGGGGCAGCUGCAAGAGGUGAUGGGAGGAGAGAAGGAGUUGCUGGUUCAGCCGUGGGUUCCUGUGGAGAGAGGGAGGAGAAGAGUGGUAAGCACGGAAAAACAGCCUUUUUCGCUAAACCUCUUCUCCCAGAGCCAGAGCUUGGCCCUCUACCGAGACAUCUCAGCAGACUACAGCUUUGCAGCAGAGGUUGGGUCUGACGAGCUGGUGGGACUCCCAGGGCCUGUGUUCCUGAAUAGGAUUCCUGAGUGGACCCCAGAUGUUCGCUUAUUCAGGAAUGAGGAGUACCAGGUUCGAGCUUCUUUCGCUCUUCCACUCUGCCAUGCUCUUCAGGCCUUUGAUCUCCGGAGUUCAGAAACCUCCAUCGUCCCAACCUCUCUCAAGCCCCACACCGACGACCUUCACCGAGAGGUGGCGUCGAUUCUCAAAGGCAUCUGCAUCUCAUACGGACUACCCCUAGCUAUUACGUGGGGACACCAACAAGGCUCGUGCCUUUCAGCUAUAGUCUCUGCUUGUUACGCCUCUGACCAGAAGAGCCGCAGCUUCCUGUCCGCCUGCUCAGAGUCAGAGCACCAUCUUCUUGCCAAGGAAGGAAUCGCUGGAACUGCCUUUGCCACCAAGAAACAGUAUUUCGCAAAAGAUGUGGCCAUCCUCAGCUACAGCUACCCUCUCUCCCACUACGCCAAGAUGUUCGACCUCCACGCUGCUCUUGCCAUCCCUCUCCUGACCAGAUGCAGCCGCCGCACCGUCCAAUUUGUUCUCGAGUUCUUCUUCCCCAGAGACAGUCUUAUUAAUCAGAGGCUGAUCCUUGAUUCCCUAGCCUCCCAACUCAUACUACGCUUCCAGAGCUCACCUAAUCUGAUGGUAGACGACCAGCUCGCAGAAGAAUUCACGGACACACACACGGCCCUGACAAUAGAGGAGUCACCGUGCAUGUCCCACAAGGGUAAGGGAAAACAUGUGUCUGUCUCUUGGAGUGGGGAAGUGAGGGAACCUUCUUUGUCUUCUUCUUUGGGAAGCAGAAAGCGGAAAACAAGGGCUGAAAAGGAUAUCACUUUGGAUAUUCUCAAACAACACUUUGCUGGCAGCCUCAAGGACGCCGCUAAAAACAUUGGUGUAUGUCCGACGACCUUGAAGAGGAUCUGCAGACAACACGGAAUCGCAAGGUGGCCAUCGAGGAAGAUAAAGAAAGUGGGACAUUCUCUACGGAAACUGAAGGUGGUGAUGGACUCUGUUCAAGGAGUUCAAGGCUCUCACCAUCUUGCCUCCUUCUACUCAAGCUUCCCUCAACUUCAGUCUUCUUCUUCUUUGCCUUUGCCUUUGCUUGAUCCUACCAAAAGUGUCCACAACCCUUCCUCCUCUUCAUCAUCAGGCUCAAGCACAUGUUGCUCCUCCGAAGAGAAACAACUAGUGGGUGGCUGCUUCCACAAACCGUCUCAACUUCAACUUAGCAGCCUGAGGAAGGAUGAGCAGAGGGCAGAAGUACGUGUGACGUCAUCCCUACCCCCAUUGCCAUCCGCAAAGGAGGAUGGAAUAAAAGUGAAUGCUAUGUUUGGUGAAUCCAAGAUGAGAAUGAGCCUGAAACACCACUGGGGAAUUGGAGACCUCAGAAGAGAGAUCGCAAAGCGGUUUGGGAUGGAUGUGACAAGUAACUUCAGGCUCAAGUAUAUGGACGAUGAUGAUGAAUGGGUUCUGUUGACUUGCGACGCUGAUCUUGAGGAGUGCAUUCAAAUCUACAAGUCCUCUCUUUAUAAAGAGACCGCCGUCAGAAUAUCUGUCUCUUCCUUGCUUUGAUUUUUUUGUUGUUUUUUUUGCAUAUUCCGUUUGAUCUUACACAUGUAUUAAUUGGUUGUUGGCAUCUUGUAAACUCCUGGCUCUGGUUGGCUAAGCCCUCUCUCUAUAUGUAUUCUAGCUUUCUUUGAAGGCGCUAGAUUAUGAUU